AUGGACUACUACUACAGUGACGCUAAUCUACACUCGGUUUUUGACAUUGCCCAGGAAGACUGCUUUGAUCAAGUAUCUCCUUCGUUGAAUUUCUCCUGUCACUCAGGGGACCUUUUGGUUAAAAACGCCAGUCUGUGGCAGCUUCUCGAUGCCAGUCCAACUCAGAUUUUUAAAACUGACGCGACAGAUGUUACCGAAUUUAUUACCACAAAAUAUUCUGAAGAAAGUUUCAUUAUAUUUAAUGACAAUAAAGGCGACAGCAUCACUGACACCACUGUGAAUACAACCCAGGAUAUUGAACAGACGGUGGAACCAAAAUCAGCUGAUAACUAUUUGAAUCCUCAAGUGUUAUCUAUUAACGGCUCGGAAUUGCUAAAGGACAAUUUCCUUUUAUCUGAUUCAUCCCAAACCAAAGAGGCGGCAGUUCCCCGCAAAGUGAACGUUGAUUAUUUCAAACCGGUGUCGACAUUUUUCUCUUCCAAUCCAUUGCAACCUUUGCAAACAGCAAACAUAUUGAAUAUACAACCACAACAAAUGUUUGGGGUUCCAAUGUUGAGUGAUUCGAAGAAAACAUCGCAUCGAAGGAGAAGACCUUCAAGAAUAACAAAGAUUGCACGACCUCAAAGAAAGCAUGUCCGUUUCUAUUAUGACCAAAAAUUGGAUGGGAGGUUCAAUGUUGUGUUCAAAGGUGGAUUCAUUAGACAAAGUGUCAUUAAAUCAUAUUUCCCAGAUUAUGAACUUGACAACUUCACUUUGCCCAACAACUGGAAUCCUGUUACUGUAGAGUUGGAAAAUGAUUUUUAUGGCUCAAUGGAAGAAAGCAUAAAUAGCCAAAUAAAGGAAGGUGUGUCUCAUGUAAGAACAUACUGGAAAAUGACGAAAAGAAUGGUUGGUUCUAAAUUCUUUAUAACUAUACAAGAAGAAAGUUUAGACUGCGAUCCAAUCUUCGAUGACGACAACUACUACUUCAACAUCAUCACUACGGUUGUAGAAUCUGGUAGUUUCGGCGCUAUCGAACGUGGUGCAAGAAACAGAGAUAAAAUACAAAGGGCUAUCACUAAAGAUGAUGCUGCGGCAAACUUCCGCUGGUGUCAUUUUAUAACCUCAAGUGAAAUGAAGGGUAUCUUCGACUUCUUUCUUGCGGAUUACGACUACUGCGCUAAUGACAACUCCGUCUUAGAAAAGUUAAAAGUCGGAGCUAAACCUGAUCCUUUCAAACAUCACGAAUCCCGUAUAAGAUCGCACAUGCUUGGCUACAUCUCCGGUAAAUCGUGCAAGCUGCAUGCCACCAAGCUUAAGGACAAGCCAAAACUGUUUUCAGAACAGAUGUAUCGAUUAAUUAUGAGUUUUGAUGACUAUAAAAGACCUUUCAACACUACCAAAGACAUCUCGGUCAUGGAAAUGAAAUAUAUGUUUGAAAACUUGUCAGACCUCUUGGAAAAAUACUACUGGGUGGAUCCUUCUACUGUACCGGAAGGAGGAUAUCCAAUGAAGAAUUAG